GCAUUCCUGGGUACCCUCAGCAUUCUCUGCAUAUUCAUCAAGGAUUUUGCUAUGAAGGUGUGCCCUUUGGAAUAUCUCAAAUGCAAGGGCAUGAUAUUUGCAUGGGGCCCCAAACACCAAGCAGCCUUCAACCAGCUAAAAGCGGACACCUGUUGGGAGGGACUCCUCUGUCCCAUCAACUAUGAAAGCAGCCGCCAGAUUAUCCUUGUGGUGGAUUCCUCAAAUAUCAGUGUUGGAUAUGUCUCAUACCAAAACAACAUCAAUGGCAAAUGGAAA